UUUUUAGAAAAAUCCGUCAACUCCCUAGACCAGUUGCCGGGCAACCAUUUUCCCAAUCUAAUAUUUGGUGGAAUUUAUAGUCAGCAGUUUCGGGCUACGCACAUUUUAAACAUUUCUUCUACACUGUCUGUUGUAAUUACUCGAUCUUGUUAAGUGUAUUUGACAACUCUAUAGAUAACCUCCCAUACAUAUUUGGUAACAAUGAAUUCAAGAUCAAGAUAUCCACCACCUUGGAUGGGUAACCCUAAUUUUCAACAAAGAAAUAAUAAUAAUAAUAAUAAUCAACAGAACCAGCAGCAGUACAUGGAGAGAAAUAGUUCAGUGGGACAUCAUCAACAAGAGCAACAGCAACAGUGGAUGAGAAGGAAUCAGUUAGAUAGUGCUAUUGAUGAGGUUGAAAAGACUGUGCAAUCCGAAACAGUUGAUGGAAGUUCACAAGAUUGGAAGGCUAGCUUGAAGAUACCACCACUUGAUAGUCGAUACAGGACUGAGGAUGUGACAGCAACAAAGGGAAACGAUUUUGAAGACUAUUUUCUAAAGCGUGAACUGCUUAUGGGAAUUUACGAAAAGGGGUUUGAGAGACCAUCACCAAUCCAGGAGGAGAGUAUUCCAAUUGCUCUAACAGGAAGUGAUAUUUUGGCAAGGGCCAAGAAUGGAACUGGGAAGACUGCUGCCUUCUGCAUUCCUGCAUUGGAAAAGAUUGAUCAGGACAACAAUGUCAUUCAAGCUGUUAUCCUUGUCCCAACUCGAGAAUUGGCUCUUCAAACAUCUCAAGUUUGCAAAGAACUCGCGAAGAACUUAAAAAUUCAAGUCAUGGUUUCCACCGGGGGGACCAGCUUAAAAGACGACAUAAUGAGACUAUAUCAGCCUGUACAUUUGCUUGUUGGAACUCCUGGAAGAAUACUUGACCUUGCAGGUAAAGGAGUGUGUGUUUUGAAAGAUUGCUCCAUGCUUGUCAUGGAUGAGGCUGAUAAGCUUCUAUCACCGGAGUUCCUACCUUCCAUUGAGCAGCUGAUCCGUUUCAUGCCUGCAAAUCGUCAGAUACUAAUGUUUUCUGCUACAUUCCCUGUUACAGUCAAGGACUUCAAAGAUAGAUACUUGCAGAAGCCUUAUGUUAUCAACCUUAUGGACGAACUUACACUCAAGGGUAUUACCCAGUUUUAUGCUUUUGUUGAAGAAAGACAGAAGCUUCACUGUCUGAACACUCUGUUCUCUAAGCUUCAAAUAAACCAAUCAAUAAUUUUCUGCAACUCUGUAAAUCGUGUAGAACUUCUUGCCAAGAAGAUCACGGAGCUGGGUUAUUCGUGCUUCUAUAUCCAUGCAAAGAUGCUCCAAGAUCAUAGGAACAGGGUUUUUCAUGACUUCCGCAAUGGUGCAUGCAGGAACCUUGUCUGUACUGAUUUGUUUACUAGAGGGAUAGACAUUCAAGCAGUCAAUGUUGUUAUCAACUUUGAUUUCCCAAAGAACUCAGAAACAUAUUUACACAGGGUUGGGCGGUCUGGGAGAUUUGGUCACCUUGGUUUAGCUGUCAACCUAAUUACUUUUGAGGAUCGCUUCAAUCUGUAUAGAAUUGAACAAGAGCUAGGAACCGAGAUUAAGCAAAUUCCACCACAUAUAGACCAGGCUAUAUAUUGCGGGUAAUGAAUCAUCUUCAUGGUCGAUACGAUUCUGGAUGGUGAGUCGUUAAUGUAGAGAUGCUUCAUGCACACAGUUUGUCACAGUGCUGAUCUGAGCUACCGAGAAUUCAGCUUUUCCAUGCAGACUUGAAUGCAUCUUUUGACAGCUUUAAUUGUCCAUUAGUGUUCGUUUCGUUUUGCUUGCAUUGAAGGUGGUUGGCACAUCUUGCAAAAGUUACAAAGUCUUAUUUCUUUGAAUAUCCUCCCCCAAACUAAGGAGAGAGAGAGGGGGAGGGGGCGAGGAAAGAUAUUUUUUUUUAACACAUGCUUUCUUGGAGUUGUCCGCUUUUUGUGUUUGAAGAUAUGCGACUCGUGAGAAUCUAAAAGAAUGACGGACUCGAGUGUUUCAUGGUUGCUGAGAUGAUAAAGUUCAUUAUAGAUCUUCGGCUGCUAAAUGCCCUUUAGAUGAUGCAAAAAGAAUUUAAUGGCAGGUAUUGGCACUGGAAUGGUCUGUUCAUUGACUGCCUAUCCUUUGCCGGGCCCUCGUUUCUGUAGUGUGGUGCAUUUGUAGUAGUUUUAUUUCUGUGUCUGUUGAACAAAGCUGUCGAAACUAUUUUCCUUUAGUUGUUUCACCCUAUUUUUGCUGACAACAUGUUAUUGACGUGGAGAUCGUCAUGGAGUUGCGCCUACCGUCAAGCAUGUGAAGUGGUAGAACAGUCUUUAUUGGUGAAAUGACCUGACAUUCAAGUGCAGUUUCAGUACUCCAUUUACCAACUUUUAUAGCCUGUGCUCGAGGGGUGAUGCACUCUUCUUUUCCUUCUGUAGUUAUUUCUACUGCUAAGUUAGGUUGUUGACCGUAUCCAUGAACCUAUUUAGCUUGGCUGAUGCGAAGAAUGUGAUCUUAUUAGCAAAUUGUAGUAGUAUAUCGUGAUUGUAUCUGUGCGAAGGAAGAGAGUUAAUAGUUCUGUUUUUCUAAGCCCUUGAAAGUGAACGAAUUGUUACGUAGGAAGUGACCUCUUGCGCUUCAGACUUGUUGAAGAAUUUCAGCUUAUUUUCGAAUUGAAAUGUGAUGUUGUGCGAGUGAUUGUUGAA